CCCUCAUCGAGGUCGGACAGUUCUUGCCCGUCCAGGGUCGGCUCGUGAUCGGGAAGUAGUCGUUCCUUUUGUGAUUUGCAUCGAGAAGCUGCGCACACAUAGUUUCCUUCUCUCACGUUUUCUUCGAUGACGCGUCAUAACACAAAGGCACGACUACCUGUCGUGAUGGCGAAUACGCGGGAAUAGCCUAAAGAGGCGAGGGUUUAUUCUAAAAAUAAAAAUAAAAAUAAAAAUAAAAAUAAAAAAAAAAGGAGGAAAAAAGAAAACAAGAAAGAAAAAGAUAAAAAAGAAAAGGACAAAAGAAAUGAAAAAGUAAAAAACUAAAAAAAAAAAAAGAGGAAAAAAAAAGAAAGAAGAAAGGGAAAUAAAUGAACAAAUAAAUUGAUAGCACUUACUACAAAUGCAAAAGAGAUAUUUAUCUACGAAUGAAAGUGUCUAAAACACGCGAGAGGAACGAUCUUAUCGAAAUAAAAGGAUAUGAAAUGCGAUGAUCUUACGAGGUUUUAUUUUUAUGCUAUCGUUGAAGUAUAAUCACUCGUAAACAAGAGAGCGAUCAAAAGAUUUCAUAGGUAGAGGACGAAGGAAGGAUUAUUGAGACGCGAUAAAAUAAAGGAAAUGGGGGUACCUGAUGUGGAACAGGCGAAGCGUCGGCUGCAAGAUAUCUUAAGGAAAGCUCAAAAGCUGGAAAUACCAACACAAGAGGUUAUAUCUACAAGGACUGCACAGAAGCUAUUAGCAAGAACGAAGAAUGUUGUUGCGUGGACGAUCUGGAUCGGUGUUUUCAUUAUCCUCCUCAGUGGCGUCGUUUACGCACGUUGGCCAACAAGACAGGAAGUCGAGACUGUCAGGACUGUACUUAGGCGAACAGUAUUCCGUCAUAGUGUCUUUCGAAUUCUCUAGCCGUUACGGAUGCUUGGCACGUUGUGUUGCGCCUCAUGGGCAAUAAAUAAUGGUCAUGAUGUCAAUGUCCGAACGUUGGAUAUCUAUCUCCUUCUAUGCGUACACUCAGGAAUACAGUCGCAAACAGAAACGUUGGUAUACCUAUAUUCAUCAUUGACAAUAUAGUAUCGCACGCAGGAUAAUGUCUUGUUUCCACUGUCGCAUAAUACAAAUGUCUAACUGGGAGUAUGAAUAUUAUGCUAGCAAUAAUUUUUAAUAUUUCUCCUUUUUUUUUUUUUUUUUUUUUUCAUUUCUUUGAUCAGU